GUGUCAUUUAGCAGCUCAUUGACGUGUAAAAUAACAGGAACUCUUAACUUUCAUUGUGUGUUAUUUCAUUUUAAGAGACUUCUGUGAAAUGUGUUUUGUAGUAGCCGAUAUUCAUUUGUUUUAAUUCGCCUUUUUACUGUUUAUUUUGCAGCUCGUGGCAUUUCAGUCGAGGCGCUCGCGUUCUGUAUUCAAUGGAACUGUCUUUAACGUUUUGGGGAAAUAAGUGAAGGCGCGCGCCGCCAGCAGGGGACUCACUCAGCUAAUCAUUUCAACAAAUGUCACCUGCUCGUGUCAAAGUUAGAAGCCUGUGUGGCAACGGAAUUGUAGUUUUUCUGGUUCGAUACAAUCUCCAGCCUGACAACUUUAAGAACUACAAAAACCACAGCGUGUUCAAUUGGCAGCUAUCCACUAAUAAAGGAAAUAUCACAGCGGACGGAACAGGUGCAGAAGACAACGUGUAGUCAAUUCAAGGUAAGUGGCAGCACUUUCGAGGGACAGAAACCUUAUGUUUACCUUUCACAUCGUCUUGUUGUUGGUUCCUAGAGGGUGACUUUUGAGUUAAUCCAUCAUAUGUGUUUUUAGAGCCGUUACAACAAAUAAGAGUUGAUUUGUUCAAGCGUGGUUUCGACUCCGAAUGGAACUACUUUGAGUGACAGCAAGUCAGCUCUUCCUCUUUCAUUUCGCAUUAGUGUAUUGUUCACUUUUGACAGUUUUCAGUCUCUUUUACUGAAAGUAGUGGCCUACGUCUAUGUAAUGUUACUUCAUGUCGAAAACAAGUGUAAACAUCAUUUACAUUUUAAAAGCACGUUUCGACCUAUGACAUGUACACUCCUUUCUUUUUUAAUGCCUGAAUGUUAGAAAAUGAAAUAUGUCACAUUUAGUGUAUGCAGCUGAUCUCAUGUCGUUUCUAAAAUACAGCAGAUUUUACUCAUUCCUUUUUUAAGUAUUAAUCAACACAGAUUUUAUGAACCUAAAAUGCUCUCAUCAUACCUAAAGUUGCCUGGCUACAUACUUUUCUGACCUCUGUCACAGCUACAGUCACAACAAACUGGACUGACUGGUUACCCUAAUGAGACAAAGUGUGCUCUGUCAUACUCCUUGUUUUUCUUUUUUCUGAAACACCUAAAGAGUGUCCUCCUGCAUCAUGUAUGAAGCAGGCAGCUUGAGAACGGGGUGAAUUAAUUAUGACCAAGUAAGAGUGAGUCUCUUGGUAAAAAGUGAUCACCUGAGGACACACAGAUGUCACUCAUUUCAAUUAUAUCCAGUUUCAUAUGACAGGAAACCAUUCCUCACAGUGCUAAGGCUGCUUGACUUGAAGGUCCUGUCAGAUUCUCCUCUAAGUGGGAGGUGAUAGCUGCUCACAACUGUCGAGGUGUGUACGAAGUAGUUGUCUAUGUGCGUCACUCAUGAACCAGUGUGGGAGAUGCAGGUUAAACCUGCUGCAUCACAGUGCACCUACUGCCACGUGUGCCCUGGAGGACCCUGGCCAGAGCAGGUGGCUCAGGUGUUUGCCUGGAGGUGUGGUAGUGUAUGUUUGUGCACACUCUCCACCCUGUUUUCUGCGUAUGUCCUUUGGGACGGGCUCCGGGAGAGACGAGGGAGGAAAGGUAGGGAGGAGCAUGGGUGGCUAGAGUACCUGCUGCUAUGACACUUGCAGAGACGCACAAACCGGUUCACAGCAUUUUUCUUUAAAUGACAAUGGGUAAGAAUAUGAAAAUGUGCUUUUCAGACGUUGCAUUGAAACCUGUAUUUAGGAUGAAUAACAUUUUGCAGCCAAUGCCUGGAGAUGUACUUAUUUUUUAUUCUGAUUUUAGCAGCCAACUGGAUCUGGAAUAUGCGUUGGUUCCCUCGCCGGCGUGUGUCACCCUUAAAGCUGGUGCUCCUGGCGGGGACUCUCUUCAUGGUGGCCCUUGUUGUUCUCCAAAAGGAUGUCAGUUCUUCCCCUUCUGUUGACCCCUGGUUUCAAGAGCUGGUGGACAAGGGGGAUAGGGUGAUGGUCAUGGUUCGAGAUGCUGUUAACAACAUAGGUUUCCAGAUUGGAGCUCCUCAGCCUCCACCAGAGCAGCCCCAGCCCACCGAAGACAUCAACUGUCCCACCGGAUACUACACUCAGGCUGAGCUUAAACCUCACCUAGAGAGACCACCUCAGGACCCCAAUGCCCCUGGUGCUGACGGGAAAGGAUACAAAAAGGACCACUUGUCCACAGCGGAGGAGAAGGAGAAGUCAGAUGGUAUGGCGAGGCAUUGUUUCAACCAGUUUGCCAGCGAUCGCAUUUCACUCAGCCGCGGUCUUGGGGAUGACACAAGACCUCCAGAGUAAGAAAAUGUUGUCAAAAUAAUCUGUUGCUUGUCAUUAUUUCAACAUCAGUGUACAGACAUGUACAGACAUGUACACAGUAGGCUGAUCAGCUAGGAUCAUACUCUGACUGGUAUUUUUUCAAAAUAAAUUUUAAGAAUGAGCUUUUGGUUCAUGCUCUGUCACUUAGUCAAAAGGCUGAUCUGAAUGUAACCACAGACUUGGAGAGUGGGUACACAGCAGCUUGCACAGGGCUGUAUCCUGGUUCCUUGAGACUGUCACUAAACCUUUAUCUGUGUUGUUGGGUAAACUUUCACUCACAAAAAAUGUUUGUCCAACUUGACAUCUGUACAUGUCACAGGCUUGAAUGGCCUUGAAAGCAAAUAUCUCUCAGUGUAUGAAUGUUUGCACACUGUGCAGUCUUUUAAUAUCAGUAAGAACCUGUUUUGUAUAUUUCUAUCUUUAGAUCAGCCUCUCACUUUCGCAAACCCCUCUUUGUUUUCGUCUCUCUCUAUGUUUGUUGUUGCUCAGGUGUGUGGACAGGAAGUUUCGCCGCUGUCCUCCUCUACCUACCACCAGUGUCAUUAUUGUUUUCCACAACGAGGCUUGGUCCACACUCCUCAGGACAGUCUACAGUGUCUUGCACACCUCCCCGGCUUUCCUUCUCAAAGAGAUCAUCCUGGUAGAUGAUGCCAGCGUUGCAGGUGUGUAAAACAAACACACACCACUGACAAAACAUAGCUGAAGGCACACUAACAGGAAAACUACCAUCAAUCAUUUUUAAAAUGUCUUGUUUUUUUGCUUUGGAGUUAAUUUAGUAGCACUGCUGACCUCUUAAGCACCAGGAAGGUGAUGUUUUAAUGGAUGUGAUGCAAAUGAAAUAUUUAACAGAUAAGCAAAGUAGUAAGAUAUGUUGUGUUUUCCUCAAUGAUCGGAAAGAAAGCAGUUCCGAAUAGCAGCACUGCUGUGGUGGUGCAUUGAUGGAAUAUUACCUGGAUAAUAAUUUGAGUAGUGUGUACUUGGGACUUGAUUUCUAUAGAAUAUGCAAAUAUUAUUGUUUAUUCAAAUUAGUUGCAAACAGGGAAAGUUUUUCAUAAAAGUCAUGGUGAGAUUACCAACAAGCUCUCUGUGGUUAUUUCUUAAGAUCAAUAGGAAACAGCUGCAGAGCCUGAACAGGGAAAUAAUCCGAAAUCAUGACGUCUUUGGUCAUAAGUCAUUUAUUAACUUUAAUUUCAGAGUCUAGAGGGCGGCAUGCUAGUCUCUGUAAGACCCAAACUUUGAUAUGUCAGAUUUAUGAUAGUUUUGAACUAGCUGACACACAAGCAGCGAGAGUAUGAGACAGUUGGGCUUUACGGACAGAAAUAAUAACCUCAUUGGUGAGAAUGACUCUGUUUGUCUUAUAACAGGUCGGUUAGGCUUGCCUUUGAGUGAAAUGCAAAUAACAGUGAUUUUAUCUUUGGAGCAAGAGUGCAGCUUUGUUAUUAGUUUUGCAUAGAAAUGUACUAUGCUCACAGUUCAAGUUAGUGAAAACUCACUUGUUAUCAUAGUGCAGGUACAUAAUUGAGUUUUAGAGGGUUGUUUUUGUAUGGUAACCAGUCCAAGACUGUUAAAAGUGUAUAUUAGUUUACUAACACUUGUAUUCGGUUAAUUUUUAAUUGCCUUCAAACUGCCUAACUGUUUAAGUUGUUAUUUCAUUACAGUUACACCUAUAGCUUUGAAAAUCACUGCAGAUGUUAUCAAGGGUAUAUGAACAGAGGAAUUAACAUCCUUCUAUCAGACAAAGCCGUUUCGACUCUGUUAUGACAAACUUGAUACCAUUUGGCACGGAUUGGAUUUAAAAGUUAUUGUCAGACAGUUGAGCUCCUCAUGAUAAUCUUUGUCAUAAUGUUCUGCGUUGGUAGUCACAGCUAUAAUUACACAUUCCUACUCAACCCAUACUUCCUUAUUUGCUACCGGAGCAGCAGCUUUUGUGAAGUUUACAGUUGGUGGAUUCACUCUGACCGAAACUUAUGACAAAUGUGCAGCAUGUGUUGUGGUCAAACGCUUGUUGGAAGGAAACGCGGCCUAGUUUUACGAGCAGCAUUUCCACUUCAUUGCCUAUUCUUGGGUUUCAUGAUAAUAAAUAUAAGUGCUUUACUUUCUCUUCUGUGUGGAAGAAAGCUGCGUAUUUUUAAUAACAGUUGUAAGAUUAUAGUCGAACAGACCAGUGUCAUCAGUGUGAUUUACCUCUGACUACAAUGGGCAUUUCGCAUGUUUUCUGUUGCAUAAGCAACACCCCUGAUAGAUGUCUAAAUGUUUCCUGGUUGCAGUCCUACAUGAAUACAGUUAUGUAAGACCUCUAACCACUGGGGCUUUCGAUGACAACACAAUCAGUUUGACCAGUUUUGUUAUAAAGUAAUUCAAUCAUGUUGCUAUUGUUUUGGUUUUCAGACCACCUCCAGACUAAACUGGAGGACUUCGUGAAGCAGCUGAAGAUUGUCAAAGUAGUGAGGCAACCACAAAGAAAGGGCCUCAUCACUGCCAGGCUGCUGGGUGCCGGCAUCGCUCAGGGCGAGGUGCUAACCUUUCUGGAUGCACACUGUGAGAAACACACAACAACUAAUAUACAUAUUGGCAUACACAGUGACUAUUUCAAGUUUCUGUGUGUGGCAAAAAAGCAUGAGGCACUAACUUAAAAUGACUGGUAGCAGUGUAUCAUUUUCUUAUGUGGCAAAGGUUAGUAAGCUGAAACAUCUCUGUGCUUUCCUUCUUUCAAGGUGAGUGUUUUCACGGCUGGCUCGAGCCCCUGUUGGCUCGUAUUGUCGAGGAACCCACAGCUGUCGUUAGUCCAGAGAUCUCCACCAUCGACCUCAACAACUUUCAUUUCAACAAGCCCUCUCCGGGCGGCCGUGCUUACAACCGAGGGAACUUUGACUGGAGCCUCACCUUUGGCUGGGAGCAAAUCCCUGAGUCAGCUAAGAAGUUGCGCAAGGAUGAAACAUAUCCUGUAAAGUAAGAAAAGUCUUGUUAAUUUUGCUCAAAAACAUCACAAAUUAUUUCAGCAUCUAGAUUGUUAUCAUUUAUAUAUCCAUUCAUUCAGUAAUUCAUUCGUUUAAAAUUUUCAGGACACCCACUUUUGCCGGAGGUCUUUUCUCAAUCUCAAAGAAGUAUUUCGAACACAUCGGAACGUAUGAUGACCAGAUGGAGAUCUGGGGCGGUGAAAAUGUGGAAAUGUCCUUUAGGGUCCGUCUCUUUAUCUGUGUUCUCACCUGAGUUUCACAGUUUAUGUCCCGUCAUUUGAAGGUAGAGUCUGAAUUUCUCUGUUCUCAUGGCCAGGUGUGGCAGUGUGGCGGUCAGUUGGAGAUCAUCCCCUGUUCUGUGGUCGGACAUGUUUUCCGUACCAAGAGCCCCCACACCUUUCCAAAAGGAACGGAGGUCAUCACUCGCAACCAGGUUCGCCUGGCUGAAGUCUGGAUGGAUGACUUCAAAAAAAUCUUUUAUCGACGCAACAGUCAUGCCGCACGUAUGGCCAAAAUGGUCAGUGUGACCCGCUGAUGGAGAGUGCUUGUGUUUAAAUAUCAGACGGCGAUGAAUUUAGAACCAUUAAUCACUCAACUCUCACUGUAUUUUUCAUACCAAUGUAUAUUCCCUACUGCAGUGGGAUAAAAGUUCGACUGAGUGAUUGUUUCUCAGUGUUAACUGUAUGCCCCUCACUGUUACAGCAUCGUUAUGGAGACAUUACUGAUCGUCUUAAUCUGAGAGAGAGGCUCAAGUGCAAGAACUUCACCUGGUACUUGAACAACGUCUACCCUGAGGCUUAUGUGCCAGAUUUAAGCCCAGUAAAAUAUGGAGCAGUGAGUCAUGUUUCCUUUCAUCUGAAUGUGGAUAUCAAAGAUGUUUCUAAUCUCCUGUUACAUGAAAGCGGAUGUAUCUUACUGAUAAACUGUAUCCGUGUUUGAACAAGAUAAGAAACUUGGGAUCUGAAAGCUGUCUUGAUGCUGGAGAGAACAACAAUGGAGGAAAACCUGUAAUCAUGUACACCUGUCACAACAUGGGUGGAAACCAGGUACACAUUGAAAUUGAAAAACUGCCCAUCAUUUUUUUUAUUCAGUAUUUUAAGAUACAUUUCUGAUUGGAUGGUUUUGUUUUCUAGUAUUUUGAGUACUCAUCUCAUAAAGAGCUGCGUCAUAACAUUGGCAAGCAGCUGUGUCUCCACGCCUCGUCCCAGCCCGAGCAGGUGAAGCUCGAGCUCUGCCAUCUGAAAGGGCUGGGCACCAGUUUGUCACCACAACAGGAGUGGGUGUUAACAGAGGUGAGGAGCAUAUGCUGUUUGAGUGAAAUUUAAACCCUGUCCUUAAACAUGCUUAAUGGCCUCUAUCUACAUAUAAAUGUCCAGAGGCUGUUAAGCUUAGCCUUGUUAUUGUACACAUACUGGAUGCAUUUUUGACUCUAGAAAUAUCUCAGCUGAGAAAUACGCUUACCUGCAAAUUAUCCAAAACAAAUCAUUGUUUGGACUCGCUAGUUUGUGUGCUAAUUUUGAAAAAUCUUUUUAACAAAUGAUCUUUAGAGGAGCCAAUAGGACGUAACUUGGCUUACUAUUUCUAUUUCCAUCUGCUUCAAGUCAUUAUUUGUAUUCUAAACUCAGCAAACAGCUGGUUUGCAAUUUUAAUGUUCACCUCACAUUUUUGGCAAGAUAAUAAGAUCAUUUCAUGUCACAAGCUUUAUUUUGCCAAAUGUCAAAUAUUUGUUUUAAGCAUAGAGUUUUUUGGAAAUAUAGAAGUUUUGUUGAAUGUUUUUAUUUAACUGUGCCUUAGCAGUGUUAUUAAGUUAUAGUUUAUUUUUCUUUUGUACUUUUCUCUAGGAAAAACUUAUAAAGAAUCCCAGCAGUGGGAAGUGCUUAUAUCUCCAUGGGAACCAGGUUCAGAUGGGCAGCUGUAACCCUGCUAACCAGUUCCAGCAAUGGACCCUGAGCUGAUCCCUCAGUCUAAAAAUCAGGUGACCUCUAGCGCCUCUCGGGCCUUCCUCAGACAAUGCUCUGAGGGCCCAACUCCGCAUUGAUCCGGACUGCUUCAUACUAUGGAGCUUCUGUGUUGGACUGUAUUGAGAAGUCAGAUGGAAGAUGGAGACCAAAGUGAUCACAGUCACAUUUGUUGAAGACGCUUGGGUUGGCCUUGACUUGUUUUAAAUUUAUUUAUAAUGGAAAAGACAUUUAAAGGUGGCUGGGGAUUAUCAGGAAGCACAUGAACUCUGCAUCCAGGAUGGGCAGCUUCAAGGAGGAUGACAGCUGUCACCUGCAAUGAUCUUAAUUCAGGGAAGCGACACUCCAGUUUGAAAUCACUGUUUUGGGACUUUUUAAGUCUGGGAAUGAUUGUUGAAAUGAAACAACUUUUGCAAGAGUAAAAAAAAUACUGUUUUUUAAUAAAAAUACACUAUUUUGCAAAACAUAA